AUGCCUGAGCUAAAAUUGCAUUUCGAUACAUCUAUUCUGCCAACUGAUGUACUUUCUCUUUGCGAUGGCCCAUUCUAUGAAAUUGUUCAGAAAAUAGCUGGCGAAGGUGAAGCGAAACUACUCCAGGUUCAAGGCAUUCGCACUAUAAACACUGUUGAUCUUUCUUCAUUUGCAUCUUUUGCUGUUUAUUCGUUACUCUCAUUCUUUGCUCUUUACUUUUCUUCCUUGAAAAAAUCGUCGAAAAUGUUUCGAACAUAUCCGUCUUUCGUCUUGCCUGAUAACGUUCUCUCUCUCGAGGGAGCAGAAUUUUUUGAGCUAGUUAAUCGAGCAUGCGGAGCUGCUUUUAAAGAUUUAAUGAAAUUAUUAUCGAUCAACUCAGUGUAUAAGUUGUUAACGGCAGAAAACGAUAUUUUACUUGUUUUUCAGAAGAAAUAUCGAGAAUUAGAAACUAUAUACGAAGGAGCAUGUCUUCAUCUUGAAGAUGGUACUAUGAUGCUCAAGCCUGGUCUACGUUUGGACUUUGAUCGUUUUAUUACAGCUCUUCGAGCUGCAAACGUUCAUAAUCAACCAUGUGUACAGGUCGAUAGUUCUGAAGAUAAUCUUCAAUCUCUAUUGAGAAAAUUCAAAGAUUCUUGUCCGUUGAAUAUUAAUAACAGCGCACAGAAGAGUUACUCGUUUCUCAUAGAUUUUAUCGAAAAUAUUUUGAGUAAUCUGUUGAGAAAUAAGAAUAAUUAUCGAUACAGCAAAUCUGUACAGGACUUCGCACAUGCAUUAUAUAUAUUAGGCGGUCGAAAUGUAUACGAGUUCAUGAGAAUGAAUUUACCUGGUGCACUUCCAGGGUUAACUGCAGUAAAUGAUAGCUUAAGAAAAGCAGGAGAAAGCAUUGAAGAAGGUGUAUUUCGAUACAAUACUCUUCUUAAUAACCAGAAAGUUUCUAAUUAUCACUUUGCUGUUUGUUCGGAAGAUUCGACUGCAGUGAUAAGAAAAAUAAAUUACGCCGCAGCAACUAAUACUUUUACAGGAUUCACAACUCCGUUGGAAAACGGAAUUCCUGUAUCUCGACAUUUUCAGACGGAUUCGUUUGAUCAGUUGAGAACGUGGUUCGAGAAUAAUGAUAAGGCAGAUCAUUUAAAUAUUCAUAUGAUUCAGCCGCUCGUAUCAUCUAAUCCGUACUCAUCACCGUUUUUACUGGCGGCGUAUGGCAUUAGCAAUGACUUUAAGUCUAUAGACGUUUUAAAUCGAUGGAUGCGAAUAUUCGAAGACUGUAAAAGGUCGAACGUUCAAAUUCUCUCUUUUGCGACUGAUUGCGAUCCACGCUAUCUUCUAGCGAUGCGCCUUGCUACAGGUUUUUUCGCUAAGUAUAUCAAUGCAUCAGUCAUCAAUCGUAAUGACAUCUUCGAAAUUCGUCUUCCAAGAGGAUGGUCAUCAUGGUUUUUCAUGCCAUGUCGGCAAGCGUUCUUCUGUUUCCAAGAUCCUGUACAUCUGUGUACGAAGAUUCGUAAUCGUAUGCUGUCCAAGACAGCAACUUUGUUGAUUGGAAAUGGAGAAGUUUCGACGAGCAAAUUAAUCGACCUUAUCUUAACUAAAACAAAAUUUGUUCACGGCCUUGUCAAAACCGAUAUCGAACCUAAAGAUCGUCAGAAUUUCUCAUCAUGUGUUAGGAUUGCAAGUGAUGACGUGCUUCUAGCACUCGAAGAUAUCGAUGAUUCUAAAGCUACACAAAUUUACUUACGUCUCUUACGUAGUAUCAUUAUAGCUUAUGUAGAUCACAGUACUCCAAUUUCAGAACGUAUCUAUCAUGCUUAG